AGCCUCCUCCCGCCUCCAGGCACUCGCAUGCCUCAUGUUGCGCCUCCUCCUUCACUCCCAGGCAUCUUGGCGAGACCCCCGCAACAUGGACCCAAGUGAAAGGGUGCGACAGUUGGCGAUAGAUAGAUGGAAGGUAGAGGUUGGUGACGUAGUGCAGGAAGGUACUUUUGGGCGGGUGUACCGUGGGAUAUAUCGGGACCCUUACGCUCGCGCUGCCCUCACAGUCAUCGUCAAAACAGUUUCAGCUGAGGCUUCGUCAUCGCAAGCACGUCUGGUAGUGAGGGAGGGACUGCUGCUCGCGGGGUUGCAUCACCAGCACCUUCUGCCUGUAUUAGGAGUGUGUCUUUCUGACCCACGACACCCACUUCUCCUUUACCCUCAUCUGGGACUCUCCAAUCUCAAAACAUACUUACUUGGGUGUAGCCGAGGCUCAAGUGAAGGUGUGAAGCUCCUAACCAGGGAUGUGGUUCACAUUGCUAUACAAGUGUGUCUUGGUCUCAUUCACCUUCACCAACAACGACUUCUUCAUAAAGAUGUUGCUACCAGAAACUGUCUGAUAGAUUCAGAACUCCAAGUCCGGGUGUCAGAUACAGCACUUGCUCGUGAUUUGUUCCCACAGGACUACCACUGUUUGGGUGACAACGAAAACCGCCCAGUGAAGUGGCUUAGCCUUGAGGCCCUUAUCCAUAAACAGUUCACUCCUGCCAAUGAUGUGUGGAUGUUUGGUGUUCUAUUGUGGGAGUUAACAACAUUGGCUCAGCAACCCUAUAUUGAAGUUGACCCCUUUGAAAUGGCUGCGUACUUAAGGGAUGGCUACCGCUUGGCCCAGCCCCACAACUGUCCCGACGAAUUAUUUGGAAUGAUGGCCCGUUGCUGGGCCCCAACGCCUGAAGAUCGUGCUAGUUUCCCUCAUCUUCUUUCCUGUCUACAAGAUUUCUACUCAGCCCUUGGCAAAUACAUCUGAGUGCAUUGAUGUUUGUUACUGUGUUCACAAAUAUAGGCCUGAAACCUGAUAUCUAAUGGUUAAAUAGGUUAUAAGUAAUGUAUUUUUGUGGGGGGAUGUUAGACUAUUAAAACAAUUUUAGCUACAACUUCAGAGGUUCUGAAUAUGAGAAUUGCUGGAUGUUAGUGUAACGAACAUUCUGAAAUGUAUUAAUGCAGAGUAUCUUUUUUUCUCUCUUUCAAAUGUCAUUUACAAAUGCAUUAUUUUUAAGGAUAAGUUUUAUUUUUCGUACAUUUAUUGAUUAUUUAUUCAAAAUGAGGACUAUUUAUUUCUGCCAGCACAUACUUACAUGACUGUACUUACAUGUUCCUAGGAGUCAAAUGUUAACAUUCACUGAUUUGUAUUUCUUAAAAAACUUGGACAGUAGUGAAUGAGAUUACUGUAACUUAGUUAAACUAGUACAGUACCAGUAUAUUUCACCCAGCGAGUGAUGAUGAUUCAUGAUAACUGAAACAUACACCACAUAAGCAAAUAAAUACCUAAGCAUAUUAAAGUCAUCCAUGAACUUGCUUUAUCAAUCAACUUCUAGUCAAAAUUUAGGUAGUGUAAAUGUGGCAGGUCUAGGGGAUGACAGACCCAAUACAGGUAUCCCUCAAUUUAUGAUAAUCUGUGUUAACCUUCCCUGGCAAAAAUAGCCUAAAGGCGAAGUGGCCAGUAAUUCCCAAAUAAGCCAGUGUUAACCAUAAUUAGGUUUUAAUGCCCUCUCGCGAUUUAUAUUUGGCAAAACCCGCGUUGGCGAUAAUUAUUGUUAGGCUAUACUCGAUGAUGCGGAGUGUAAACAUUGGGGAAGUGCACCUUUCCCCUCACUUGUCAAAUCCAAGAUGGCCAAUAUGUGCAAAAAUUGCUUUUCCGUCCUCUGGGCAGUUUACCUACCCGCGCAGAGGCAUUGAACAAUUUUUUUUUAUUUGAUGUCCACAAGAGAGGAAACAAACAAUCUUCCUGCAUUUUAGGAAAGAUGUUUUGACACAGAACUGACUCACAUUGUGUUCUAGGACGAGGUUAUAAGAAAUAAACUGUCAAAGUUAAAGAUUCACAAGUGUCCCAGCCCAGAUAUGGUACACUCCAGAGUGUUAAGAGAACUGUGUAAUGAGUUUGCGGAGCCCCAUAAGAUCCCGUUCUGCAAAUACUUUGAGGAGCAAAAAGUCCCCGAUGACUGGAAGAUGGCUUAUGUGAGUCCUAUUUUUUUCAAGAAGGGCGAUCGUCACUCCACGAAUAAUAAUAGACCAGUGAGCCUGACCAGCAUAGUGUACAAAGUACAAGAGAGCAUCGUACGAGAUGCCAUGAUGGAACAUCUGCUACGAAACAGCUGUGUAAAGGAGUGCCAACACGGUUUUAUGCCGGGAAGAUCCUGCUUAACACAGUUACUCAGGUACUAGAUGUUUGGACUCAAUUCUAGAACAAGGCAGAAAUAUCGACAAAAUAUACCGAGAUUUUGCCAAGGCUCUCGACAGUGUACUCCAUGAAAGGCUCAGAAUUAAACUGGAAGGGUACAGGAUUCGGGGUUAGUAUCCAAGCGUGAAUUGGAGACUUUCUGCGUGAAGGCAAACAGUGCGUGGUGAUAAAUGGUACGAAAUCAUCAUGUGUAUUGGACCCGUUGUUGUUUGUCUGCUUCAUUAAUGACAUGCCAGAAGCUAUACACUCCUCCAUACAAAUGUUUGCAGACAAUGCCAAGUUAUUUUGAGAAA